CGAUCAAAGUAUAUAUACGUAUCCACGUUCACGAUCCAACGUAACUGUCAUUGCUGUCACUUUAAGCAAGAGCUGACAAGAUGUUUGGUUGUUGUUGGUGUUGCUCUGCGUUACGUCCGAGAUAUAAAAGACUCGUUGACAAUAUUUUUCCAGUGAAUCCUCAGGAUGGCUUGAUUAAAAAUAAUAUGGAGAAACUGACAUUCUAUUCACUGAGCAGUCCUGAAAAGUUGGACAGGAUUGGAGAGUAUUUGUUUCAACGGGCUUCCAGAGAUAUUUACAGGAGGAGAAAUGGCUUUGUUAUUAUUGCCAUGGAAGCAAUGGACCAACUUCUGGUUGCUUGUCACGCACAAACUUUGAAUCUCUUUGUUGAAAGCUUUUUGAAGAUGGUGCAGAAAUUGCUGGAAUCUACAGAUCCUCAGUUACAAAUUCUGGCAACGCAGUCUUUUGUUAGAUUUGCCAACAUUGAAGAAGAUACACCCUCUUACCACACACGCUAUGAUUUCUUUGUAUCAAAAUAUUCUGCAAUGUGCCAUUCCAAUAAUGACGAUCCCGCUAUACGCAAACAAAUCAGGCUUGCUGGAAUUCAAGGAUUGCAGGGUGUUGUAAGGAAAACUCUUUCAGAUGAUCUCGUAGAAAAUAUCUGGGAGCCUGUACAUAUGGAUAAAAUUGUACCAUCAUUGCUUUAUAACAUGCAGAAUUCAAGAUACGCUGAUAAAGAAGAUCCAACACCAGACAGCCCAACGGAAGAACGAUCGGAUCCACCGCAAUUUGCAGAAACUUGUAUGCGCGAAUUGAUUGGGCGCGCAUCAUUCGGUCACAUCAGAUGUGUCAUAAGACCUGUAUUAAGACACUUGGAUAAUCAUCAAUUGUGGGUUCCUAAUUAUUUCGCAAUUCAUACAUUCAGAAUAAUUAUGUUUUCUAUCCAGUCGCAAUAUUCGUACACUGUGGUGGAAGCUUUAAUGACACAUCUCGACGAUCAUUCAAAGUCGUCCCCAAAAAUUCGCACUAGUAUAGCUGAUACUUUAUCCAAAAUUAUAUCAAUCGCUGCAGGUGAAAGCGUUGGUCCAUCUGUAUUGGAAAUUAUAAACUCCUUAUUGUCUCAUCUCCGGGUUAGCGUGACGAGAAACCAAUCGUCGAGUAGUGAUGAGCAAUUAUACCAGGAAGCUCUUAUUAACGCCCUUGGAGAAUUCGCGAAUCAUCUUCCGGAUUAUCAGAAAAUUGAGAUCAUGAUGUUCAUCAUGAGUAAGGUUCCGUACAGCCAGCCAGAUCGUAUCGUAUCGGUCGGCAAAGGAGAUGUAUUACUUCAGAGCAUACUCUUAAAAUCGCUAUUAAAGGUUGGCACCAAGUACCAAACUAUUCAUUUGAACACAACAUUCCCUCCCAGUUUCUUGGAUCCGUUGCUGAGAAUGUCACUAGCAGCUGAUGCCGAAAUGAGGCUUCUUGUACAGAAAAUAUUCCAUACUUUAAUCGACAGACAUCGGAAUAUCACAAAGCUCGCUAAGCCAACUGUAAUUGUAGCGGAACUUGGUCUUGCUAUUGAGAAGGCUUCGAGACCCGACGUGAUCUUUAUUCGAAAGCAUGGUCCUGAAAUCUACCUCGCGUUAUACGAAUCGUUAGAGUUGUCUAGCAAUACUGUUGAUAAUGUGGAAUCUAUUUAUACUACAUUGGCGUUACUCGCCAUUGAAUUGGCUUCCGAGGAAACUGUAUUGGAGUUAUUGAGAUUGGUGUUGAGCCUACAGGAUUUGGCACUGACAAGUGCUCAGAUUAGCCUUUCACUUAAGUUCAACUUACAUGCGAUAGUUAUCAGCUUAUUAAUUUUAAUAUCAUAUGUAUGUAAUAUUACUGCUCUAAUGGACUAUGCGAAAAAGGUAGUAGAAGCGCGCCGAAAUGAUAGUCCACACUUGCUACCGGAUUUGCAAUCUCAGUACGAUACUGGUCUGACGUCCAGAUUGGCGCCUGCACUUUUGGUCGAUCAAACCGUUGUCAGUGAGUGCCUGAAGGGUGUCGGCCUUGAUGGAAAAUUGCAACAAGGCUCGGGCUACAGCAGCAGUUCUUUACAACAUAGGCAUUCCUGGGUUGACAGCGCUGGACGGAAUUCACUGGCUGACAUUAACUCUGGAGGUCCGGAAUUGGACAGCGGAGGUUCAUCACCUGGAGUACAGAAGAAAUUACCUGGAGAGGAAUUAACAUUUGAAAGCAUGAAAAGAAUUCUGACAGAAAGUAACAAUAACCAUGUAGUGGAGGAAGAGAAGCGAAUGCAACUUUCUCAAUUCUUUAGAAAUGCACCGUUUCAAGAUUUAGUAUCAAAGACACAGCCAAAGCACGAUGUUUUACAGAGCAAAUUGUCAGAGAUAUUUAACACUUUAUCUGUCGAUCCACGCAACACAGUUCCUACAACUGGACCACAGACAGAUGCUAACAAACCAAGUCAAACUCCAGCAUACGAAAUUCAUUUUCCAGAAUUGUUUGUAUAUUAAAUGGUUAACAUUCUUGUUGCAUCAAUAUUAGCCGAAAUGUAGUGUUGAAUUGCAUUAGAUCCUCUACACAUACAUAUGUGUUCCAAUACAUAAACAGUAGCUCCUGCAUUUUAAAGGUAUUGAUUUUUAUGUACAUAAUAAAAAGUAGAACAAAUAAUAUUUUUAUGUUUUAUAUAGUUGAAGAUAUAUAUAUAUAUUUCUUUGUUAAUGUUGCUGAGCUAUGUAGGCUCUGUUUGUUUUUAACAAGUAGGUGUCAAAUGUAAUAUAUAUAUUUAUAUAUUACAAUAGAAUAAUGUGCUAUUUAAUCAAUCUUUUGACAAUGUAGAAGUGAAAAUUGUAUAUUGUUCGUAGAUUUCUUCGUGUAUAAUAUUCUAGAUUGGAAGAAAAAUAUUCAGCAGAGUGUGUGCUGUAAUAUUGUUGCACAAUAUAUUUAUAAAGAAAAAGUAUUAUAGAAAAGUUGUUUUAAAACAUUAUAUUUUGUAAAUACAUGUUAAUUUGAAAAAGAUUUACUGUUUUGUACUGCUUAAUCAUUUUUUGCAUUUGGCUUGAGUUACUCGCUCACAUAAUACAUAAGACAAAAAUGUGUACGUUUGACGGAGCAAAACAAUAUUUUAUUGUAUUUUAUUGUGUAAAGACCUGUACACACAUUGUUACAUUAUUCAUGUGAUUGUUUUAACAUCAUUGAGUUUUUGUACAAAAUAUUCGAAAAUUUUACCAAAUACAUAGUGAAUGGAAUGAACACAGGUUGUUUUGCAGAUAUCUUGAGAAAAUUCCCUUUAUUCAACCGCUCAUCAUAGGAACACGAUUAGUUGGUUUU